UUGUUAGGGGGACGGAUUGAGGCCAAUCCACUGUUCACCGGAAUUUACUCAACUGGUCUCGGUGCUCGUCAAUACGUGAAUAAUGUCACUUUAUUGUAGUUGAAGCAGUCUGGGGCACUUCAUUCAAUAAAUAUAGCGCAUACAUUGGGAGGAUCUUUAAUACACUUUUUAAUAGGACAUAAGUUCUUGGUAACAGCCUUUCGCCAAUUAUCUCAGGCCCGGAACGGAUUUGGAAUUGCCCUGCAAAAAUUCUCCUUCUUGCGACAUGAUGUUCAGAGGAAUUUUCAAGUCUUGCAAGAGCAUUGACAGCAUUCUGCUGAUCUGCAUUAUGUUACUCUUCACGUGGAACAUGCUGAAACUCUACGCCAAAAUGAAUGCGGGGACCUCAUCAAGAAUAUUACAAAGGAAAGCAAGUUUUCCGAGUGAAACAAAUAUCUCGAUGAACCAACAUGAAGCAAGGUAUAAUGGACAGAACCUGAGAUAUGUUUUGAACAGCCCAGAUCUGUGCAGACGACAUGGCCAGGCUGAUUACGUCACGCUUGUCAUUCUUGUCAUCACGAGUGCACCCUAUUUCAAAGCCAGACAAAACUGGAGAAAUUCUGUUCAGAUUCGAGAACAUAAAAAAGUUCGUGUUUUGUUUGUAGUUGAGAAACCGCAAAAUGAUACCAUUGCGGCCAAGCUGAAGGAAGAACACAGACAAUUUGGUGAUGUCAUUUGUAUGAAUUUCGCAGCAGACAACAAGGUGGCUGAAAGUUUGCGCUGCCUUUCUGGUUUGCGCUGGAUUCAAAACUUCUGCCCACAGACUGGGUAUGUCCUCAUCGCUAGGAUGAAUGCAAUGGUGAUGGUGUCCACCGUUUUAGAAUACUUAGAUAAAUUGCCUCCGAGUGAGAAAGAGACUUUGUAUUCGGGGGUUGUCGUUCACCGAAAUGCUUUGGUAAAGCGGUCUGGACAAUGGGCAGUGACCAAGGAGGAGUGGCCCAAUGGCACCUACCCCGAUUACAUUCAGUACGAUGUCAUCUUCUUGUCUGGGAAGUCCGCAAGCAUCAUGGCAGAUACGUCAAGAAAAACUGAAGUCUUCAAAAUUCCAGACGUUUAUUUCGGAAUUCUAGCCAAGGAGGCGAAAGAUCGGAUUAUUGCUUCAGAAGCAAUUAUUGGCUCAGUUUUACGACAUGAGAAUGUGAAGGACGAAUUUACAGACUUCUGCAAAAUGACAAAGUUUCUUUAUAUCAUUGCUGAUAAUCCUGACCAGGACAUGCAGAAAGGUUGGGAUACACUUAGAGACCGAAAGGAGUUGUUGUGUCAAUAUUCAUAACGCCGCAAUGUCUUCAUCGAUGUGUGUCGGGAUGUUUGUAUGGCGAGAAUUGUACCGAUCACCAAGAUGAACAAGCAUUUUCCCUUACUGCACGUCUAGUCUCCUGGAGAAUACCAAUGGACCCCUAGCUACUGCCUAACACAGAGGUUCUGUUCUACUACUCCCAUCACGAUUUAUGACUAUAUUCCCAAAGUGACGUCAUUCCCAAAGUGACGCCUGUAAACGAGACACCGAAAAUGUAGUUUAAACAGGUCACCUAUAGGCCUACUUGUAAACGUGAUGUGAUGGAUAGGAUCUUUCUUUAGUCUUUAUUUCGGCAUUCAAUUCAAUUUAAUUCAUUCUCAAAUUGAUUAAAAAUACAUGAACGAUAUUAAAUGACUAACGCUUCAGUGGCUUUAUCACUAUAGUUUUUGCGACUGGAUGGUUUUAGGAUGGAUGAAAGGAACAAGGACAAGGACAAGGCCGUGGACAGUGGUGAAGUUUCAUUCUGGUGUUCCUCCCGGUUCGGUCUUGCCGUCAUAGGCUUCCUAGGAUUCAUCAACCUGUUUGCCCUGCGCGUCAAUAUGAGCGUGGCAUUGGUAUGCAUGGUCAACCACACCAGCUCACUGGAUGUGAACGUCACGGCAGGACAGCUGAAUGCGACGGAGGUGACGCAGUGUAGAUUUACGUCAAGCAGUAAAGAUGAUAAGGCAGGCGAAUUCAACUGGGAUAAGGUGACACAAGGUCUGAUCCUUGGCAGCUUCUACUGGGGAUGCAUCGUCACCCAGUUGCCGGGCGGGUUGUUAGCCUCUAGGUUUGGCGGCAAGAGGGUGUUCGGUUGGUGCAUGUUUGGAUGCGCGUUGGCCAAUCUCCUAACCCCUGUUGGCGCGAGGACCCACGUGGUCUUCCUUAUGGUACUGAGAGUGAUCGGAGGACUUGGACAGGGCGUAGUUUGGCCGGCCAUGCACACUCUAUGGGCAAGCUGGGCGCCACCACUUGAACGAAGCAAGCUGGCCGGGUUCACAUAUGCGGGCUCUCAAGUUGGAAACAUUCUGACGUUUCCCUUGGCUGGGCUUCUAUGCGAAUACGGCUUUGAUGGAGGUUGGGCCAGCAUCUUCUACAUCACGGGGGCCACAUGCGUGGUUUGGUUUCUUGCCUGGAUGUUGCUGGCCUUCGAUACCCCGGCUGAGCACCCCCGGAUUAGCGUAGAGGAGAGAGACUAUAUUGAGAACUCGCUGAAGGGGCAGAUGGAGGCGGACACAAUGAAGAAAAUGUCAAUCCCAUGGUUUGCGUUUUUCAAAUCUCCCCCAGUGUGGGCGAUAGUUGUGGCUCAUACCUGUGGUAACUGGGGAACGUACACCUUCCUCUCCAACACGCCGACAUACAUGAGGGAGGUGCUCAAAUUUGAUAUCAAAGCGAAUGGGGUUUUCUCUUCGCUACCCUUUGUUGGAUUCGCCAUCCUGAUCAACGCUACUGGCUUCUUGGCUGAUUUUCUGAGGUCAAGGGCAUUAGUCAGCACAACCAUGUGCAGAAAGAUCUUCAACUCAUUGGGUAUGCUAGUCCCAGCAGCUCUUGUCCUGGUCCUAGGCUACAUUGACUGCAGCACCCCUUAUACAGCUGUGGCCCUUCUAACUAUAGGAGUGGCAUUCACAGGGUGUACAGUUGGAAGUGGAUUUGUUGUCAAUCAUGUCGAUAUCGCUCCAAAAUAUGCAGGGAUAUUAUUUGGGAUUUCAAAUACAGCUGCAACAAUUCCUGGAUUCCUCGCUCCUUACGUCAUAGGGGUUCUCACGAAUGAAAAUGAAAGCGAAGGCCAGUGGCGGAUUGUUUUCUACAUAGCAGCUGGGAUCUACACAUUUGGUGCCUUAUUUUACAUCAUUUUUGGCAGUGGAGACAUCCAAAGCUGGGCAAUGGAAGACAUUACCACGCCACACAAUGAUGCCGAGGAAGACCAUCUUUGGAUACAGGAACCAAUCCAUAACAAGACAGAUUCAUCUCAGCUGUAGAACCGCAAUGGAGCUAGAUUGGGGACGCACAGGGCUAGAUGCAAUGGACAAUGCAGGGCAGCAUGUCAUAGUAAAUAGGAACCAACCAAAGGAAUCACCACACACAGCUGUCACAACGGACAAUGAUAAUGACAGUAAAACACAAUAGCCUUGUAUAAUAAAAGUUAUUUUAAUUUUAAUUCAUUAAAAUACAACUUGGUGAACUUGAUGGAAAACUUUGAACAAGAAAUGAUGAUGAGCAGAUAUGAUAACAAUUCCAAGACACGUUCUGAAACAAUGAGACCCCACAGCAACUUCUAGCAUCAAUGAGAACAGGUAGAGAAGUUAAGAAAAGAGUAUCAUACCUCGAGUAUUGUGUCGUAUUAUUCCAUCAAUUAACGAUUUUAGCAGAAAAGAAUAUUCACUAUCUUUGUAAAAUAUCUCCAAUUCAAAAAUAAAAAAUAGCAAGGACAGUGGAUUGUUUUUUCUGCAAUGACUUUAACACCUUCAGCGCCGAACUACGUAGA